UUGUGGAUCAUUUGGGAAUAAACCCUCCCUCCUCCUGAGCGUUCGCUCUUACACAACUCGUUUGGUUUGAAAGCCCGGAGGUGCAAUGAAUCAGCGGCAGAAAGUUUCCGUUGAAGGUCGAGCAGCGUCUUCGCUUCGACCGACCAUGGCUCUCCUGGUUGCUGUGCUUCUGCUGGCUGUGGUUCCUCUCUGUGCUGCCUCUGCUCCCGACUGUGACGAGCUGGUCAAACCUUUCAUGCCAGAAGAUUCCAAACUGGUUUUUGGGAAAUGGGUUUAUGUCAUGGGAGCAGGUGACCCCUUACACUACCAUGAUGCACUGGGGUCCCUGAGAAACUCCUGGAUCGACUUGUCUCCCACUUCCAACGAUCAAGUUGUGAUACUGCGUUGGGGCGACUACUGUUUUAACCGGUGCAUCUUUGGGGAGGUAAACGCAACUGUCACUGGAAUUGCCACCACUUUUCAAAAGAACUUGUCAGAUCAUAAAGGACACAUUCUGCAGACCUGCCCUGACUGUCUGCUGUGGACAGACACAUUCAGAAACAGAGACGUCACCGGCAGAUACAUCCUGCUUUUCUCAAGGACAGGAAAAAUAGACCCUGAACAUGUUGACAUUUUGAAGAAACAAGCAGAAUGUCUGAAUUUCCCUGUGAACUUCCACAGAGCCGAUGCCUCUGCAGAGCUUUGCCCUGAUGACAAGGACAAGACAGAAUGAACAACAAAUAGAUUAAAACAUUUAUUAAAGAGAGAAUAAAUGAUAGAAGUAAAUAAACAGUAUAUUCCCUUUAUUCUGUUUUGACAAAAAAAAAUGUAUCUCCCCUUAACCCCCCCCCCAAAAACUCAGAUUCUGCAGAGAAAUAGCCACAUUUGAUCAUUUUUAGGCUAAGUUGUAAACUCAUAAAAUAAACAUAUUUUUCUAUUUGGA